AUGGACUGUCCGCGAGGCAGUGACUACGCAUUUGGGCCCCGGAUUCGUUCGGAGUGUCGAUCUUUUGAUUUCACUCUUCAAUUCGAGGACUCCUUGUUCGGCUGUCUCCCUGCCGCAACUUUCCUCCUCCUUGCAGCUGCAGAUGUGAUAUGGCUGGUCCGGUCGCCGGUCGCGUAUCAGCGGCAAGGUGGAAUCGUUAGCCUCAAGCUGUGUACCCUGGCCAGCCUGUUGGCGGCACAGCUUGCCCUCCUGGUCGUCCGCGUCCGCGUGCCCGCCAUCUCUUCAGGCGCGUCCCUACCUGCGGACAUUUUGGCGUCUCUGGCUGUUUUGGCAGCAACGACACUCUUGGUGCUGUACCAGCAGCGAGCGUCGCGACCGUCGACAGUGCUCAGCCUCCAUCUCUCGGCAACAGUGCUUCUGGGCGUCGCCCGAGUGCGCACGCUGUGGCUUGUAGCCAACUGA